AUGAUCAUCUCGACAACCAAUAAAUACAUGGAGAAUAAAAGGAAUGUGACAGAAUUUAUUCUCUUUGGGCUUACCCAGGACCCUAGUUUGGAGAAAAUUGUUUUUGUCAUGUUUUUUGCCAUCUACAUUAUAACUCUGGUGGGUAACAUGCUUAUUGUGAUCACCAUUAUUUCCAGCCAAACUUUGGGUUCACCUAUGUAUUUCUUUCUUGCCUUCUUAUCCUUUAUAGAUGCCUGCUAUUCCUCUGUUACAGCCCCCAAAAUAAUCAUCAAUUCAGUGUCUAUGAGAAAAACUAUCUCAUAUGAAGGCUGCAUGAUCCAGCUCUUUUCAGAACAUUUGUUUGGGGGAUCAGAAAUCAUAUUGCUUACAGUUAUGGCCUAUGACCGCUAUGUGGCCAUCUGCAAGCCUCUUCACUAUAUGACUAUCAUGAAUCGCCGUAUGUGUAUCCUCCUUGUCCUGGUGGCCUGGGCAGGAGGCUUCCUUCACGCCCUGAUCCAGCUACUCUUUACCUUCAAGUUGCCCUUCUGUGGCCCCAAUGUUGUUGAUCACUUCAUGUGUGACUUAUAUCCAUUGCUUAAACUGGCCUGCACAGAUACUCAUGUCCUGGCUCUGCUGGUGGCUGCCAACAGUGGAUUCAUUUGCAUGCUAAACUUCCUGAUGUUGCUUGUUUCCUAUGUAGUUAUCCUGCUGUCUCUGAAGUCCCAUAGUGCUGAGGGACGCCGUAAAGCUCUAUCUACCUGUGGCUCUCACAUCACUGUGGUUAUUCUAUUUUUCGUGCCCUGUAUUUUCAUGUACAUGCGCCCUCUGACUUUCUUCCCUAUUGACAAAACCGUAGCUGUAUUUUAUACUCUCAUUACCCCCAUGUUAAAUCCUUUAAUCUAUACUCUUAGGAACAAGGAGGUCAAAAAUGCCAUGAGAAAGCUCUGGAAGAGAAGGGUGACAUCUGACAACUAA